CACUACGACGUUGUACCACGUGACGCGGUCGGUGUUGACGUUUGUUUGUGGAGCUCCUUACGUAAAACAACGGCGCGGUGGGUCACGUGACACUAUCUGCUGCUGCCUGCUGGCUGAGCGAAGCGUGUUAGCAGAUUUUUCUAUUUUGUACAUUUUUUUUGUAUAUACUGUAUAUGAUGACUUCUGUGGUCAGCAACCCAACCGGAGGGACUCGGGACAAGAUGCUGCCCACAACCACCCAAACAACACAGCCACAGAAACAGAUACAGGCCACAGCAGAGCAGAUUCGUUUAGCUCAGAUGAUUUACGACAACAAUGAUGCUGACUUUGAGGAUAAGGUCAAACAGUUGAUUGAAGUAACUGGAAAGACCCAAGAUGAAUGCGUAGUGGCGCUCCAUGACUGCAAUGAAGAUGUAAACAGAGCCAUCAACUUUCUGCUUGAGAGUACCUCCGACACAAACUCCUGGGAGACCGUAGGCAAGAAACGUGGUAUUGGUAAAGAGGGAGGAACCUCAGAUUUAAAAGAGAGUCGGGAGAAGAAAGGAGAACGGGAGGCCAGCCGUGGACGUGGAUUGUCCAACAGGAGAAGCAGAGGAAUAAGCCGAGGCCGUGAAGGUCGUUCAGAGGAGAAUGGGUUCGAGGCGACCCUUGGAGAGAGAGGAGCUGAUCGUGGGCGCAGGGGGCGAGGCAGAGGAGUUGGAGGCCGUGGGAGAGGAAGAGGGGCUGUUGGAAACAGGUUCUCUUCACAAGGAAUGGGUACUUUUAAUCCUGCUGACUACACCCCAAACUCCAGAGCAAACCAGGACAGAUUGGAAGGGAAUGAAACUGCUGAGGGAACUGGAACAUGGCACGGCAAUCUGGAAGAGUGGACUCCAGAAGAAUGGAAUGAGGAUUUGUCUGAGACCAAAGUGUUCACUGCCUCUUCUGCUCCGGCCAACCACAUCACACCUGGACACAAUGUGGACCUGGCUAGCAUACUGCCUAAGACUGGAAUGACCGUAGGAGGUUCCGUGGACUCCGACUUGGGAGCAAUUGUCGAUGGUCCCUCAGCAGAGGAUUUGGGUCAAAGCCUGGUGUUCACCAACUCCCACCACAACGGACGAACUGCAACACACAGCUACGCACAUGCCACAGCCAACAGCUAUGCUCAUGCCGCCUCUGCUAGCACCACCUAUGCACAUGCUGCUCUGUCUUCAGUCAUAGGUUCUGGUUUUGGGUCCCUGAACGCAGCUAAGCAAGGACCAGCCCCGGACAUUUGCAUGUCGGAGCAAGUCAACGGGCCUCGGCUGCCUCAAAGAACCAGUCAGGUGUUGGCAACCAGCAGCAGUAGUGUCUCCAAAGACCCGGGACAACCUCCAAUGCAGAGUCCAGCUCCUGCACCCUCACCCACUGCAGACACCAAGGCUCAGAGGGUUGAAAAUGGCCCUGUUGCUUCCCAAAGCUUGGAAAUGAAGCAUCAGCCAGAGCCAUCUGCUGUCCUCAGCCAGCUUGCUCAAAGGCAGCAGCAGUCUUCCAUACUGCCCACCACAGAGCCUCUGGGGCUGUCUCAGUCACACGCACCACAGGUCCCCACGCCACCAGGCCAUGAGUCCUCUGGCCUCCCUGUAAGAGACGGCUCCUCUCCAGGAAGCAAGCUGCCAGGCCUGGAUCUCUCAGUCACUGAUCCUCCUCAACGACAGCUGAAGACCCAGCGACGCAGAGCUCCUCCCCCCUCAAAGAUUCCAUCUUCAGCGGUGGAAAUGCCAGGCUCAGCAGACAUCUCUGGUCUGAACGUUCAGUUUGGAGCGCUCGACUUUGGAUCUGAAGCAGGAAGUGUAACAGCAGAGCCUCAGACAGAGUUGGUGCGGGAACAUACAUCCGCCUUGGCUCAGAACACCAUGCCCACUCCUGCAGCUGUUCCCACACAGCAGGCACAGAGCAGCAUGUUCCCCAAGGCAGGACCUGUGGGCGACCACAUGAGCAGCUUGCCCUCGGCUGUUUCAGACGCCAACUUUCCUUCCCCUUCUCUGGGCCUACCUGGUGCGACUCCCUCCCCCUCACUUGGUCUCCCCAGUGCAGCAGCAGCAGCACCACCGGCCUCUUCGGUCCCUACUCCAACCAGCCGAGUGGAAACCAGCGGCCCGAGAACUUUGGCUCCUCAUCUUGGCUUCUCGCAGAGCAAAGACGUCCCAUCAGGCGGCGCUGCUCCUCUGACGAAUGGCUACAGUGCUAUGAAGACACAGGGUACGCAGGAAAGUUCCACGUCAUCUAGAGCUGUGAAAACAGAAUCUCCUGUUAUGACCAGUGAGGGCGGAUCAGGACACCAUGUUCCUUCUCCUGUAGUCACACCGUCCCAGUCCACCCCCAUCGCAUCACUCAGCAGUCACAUGAGCAGUGCUCACUCGUCUGGAUCAGCUCAUGUCACAAGUUCUUCCCUCACGAUAACCAAUGAGGAAAGCAGCAGCCUUCAUGCCUUUUCAUCAUCCUCCUCCAGCCAGGCUGUCCCUCCUAGUGCACCCACGAUCGUCAGCAGUUCAUCCUCCAAUGGUCUGUACCAAUCGGGAGGACCAGGACUGACUCAGAAUGGCGCAAACACCUCAAUCUCGGCUCCGAGCAGCCGCACCGCAGCGCAGAUCACCACCACUUCUGGCAAAGCUCCUCCUAAUUUGGCCCAGGGAGUGCCACCGUUGCUGGCCAACCAGUACAUCAUGGGUCCCGGUGGCCUGCUUCCUGCUUACCCGCAAAUCUAUGGAUAUGAAGACCUGCAAAUGCUUCAGUCUCGACUACCUUUGGACUACUAUGGCGUAACAUUCCCUGGUGCGACAGCUCCAAUCCCUGGAAGAGAGAGCCUGGCUAAUAACCCAUAUUCUGGUGAGGCAACAAAGUUUGGCAGGAAUGACUCCUCUUCCCCGGCCCCACCAACCAGCCUGUCUACAGCCGGCGUGCCGUCGCAGGCCCAACAGACCCAGCAGGCAGGGACACAAGGACAGGGACAGGGUCAGAACCAGGGUCAGCAGACACAGAACCAGGCCUUCCUCAACCCUCCUCUGCCACCUGGCUACGGAUACACUGGUCUGCCGUACUACGCUGGCAUGCCUGGCGUUCCUUCAGCCUUCCAGUAUGGCCCCACAGUGUUCGUGCCUCCAGCCUCCGCCAAGCAGCCUGCCAUGGGGCUGGCCAACCCCUCCAGUCAGUACCACCAGCAGCAUCAGCCAAGUUAUGGGCAGCACGCCUACGGCGCAGCUUUUGAUGACCUGUCUCAAGCCCACGGCGGUGAAUACAGUAAGACGGCGUAUGGAGGCUCCGCCCAGUCCCAGGCCAAGUCAGCAGGCAGCGGCCCAGGGAAAGCACCAGGGUUAUCUGGAUCGGCAACAGGCGCUGGAGUUCCUGACAUGGGAGCUUCCAUAUACAGCAAAACUCAGUCGUUUGACAAGCAAGGCUUCCACACCGGGACGCCCCCUCCCUUCAGUCUGCCCUCAGCGCUCGGAGGAACAGGCCCCAUGAACCCCGGCGGAGCUCCUGGCUACGCUCCUGCUCCCUUCCUGCACAUCCUGCCUCCGCACCAACAGCCCCACUCCCAGCUGCUGCACCACCACCUAACACAAGACGGACAGGGUGGUCCAGGUCAGCGGAACCAGUCCAGUGGGAUGCAGCAGAAAACCCAAGGCAGCAAGUCUAGCUACGGCAGCUCCCCCUACUGGGCAAACUGAGGAAUGCUACCCAUUCCCCUCUUUUCCCCCAAAAGGCUGUGUGGUUGCAUGAGAGCGUGUGUGUGUAAAAUUAAGAUAAAAACAGGCACACUACCCUUACAAUGAGCAUUAUGCUCUCCCCACCUCCCCAAGUCCUCAUAAGUCUUUUGGGUUCUCUCUUCCCCCUUCUUUUCAAAAUUGGUUGUACAUGUAAGAUAUUUAUGUAUGUAUUUAUAUAUAAAUAUAUAUAUACUGUAUAUGUAAUAGUAGAACAUAAAAAGUGGUUGACGCAUAUUAUUUUUGAAGGACGUUUUGUUUACUUUUUUCAAAACUGCAGGAAAAAUUGUUACAUAAUGAGAGCGAAGAGGAUGAAUAAUCCGAUCCUCCUGGAAGAAACACAAAAAGGAAAAGGAGAGAGCAGUAGCACUGAUCACAUAUGAGGACAUUUCAGAUGGGGGUGGGGUUUAUAUUGACUAACUGCAUCUGUCUCUUUGUUUUUUUUUUUUUGUUUUUUUUUUUAUACAUGACUUCCUGUAUUGCCCAAAUCAUCCACUUCAAGUUUAUUUUGUAUCUUUUCCUCCCGCCUUUCUCCCCCUUUCCUGGAAGCUGCCUUCCCUCUGUGUGUCCAUACCUCCCCUUUUUAAAAACUACAGACCAGACCUGCCCAACCCAAAUUUUAUAUUUUAAUUUAAUUUUAACCCUUAUUUCUCUCAAAAUAAAGUUCUGAGCAGUUGGAGCUCCAACCUGUCA